AUGGCUCGACAGAGGACUCAGACAGGUGACGACAAGCAGAUCGCAUUAAAUGAGAAUAAAUGGCUUGCCCUGCAAUCACACCUGGAGCAAUGGAACUCUUGCAAAGGUGGAGAAUGCCAUGCAGUACUGAAUGCUGCUGUCAAGGAAGCUCGUCUUCUGGCCCCAAAGAUGGACAAGGAUGCACUGAAGCAUCGCAAAUAUAUGUACAAGCAAUGGUUCUACAAUAAUGGUGCAUGCAAGCAGCGCAUUCGGAAGCAUCUCAUCAAGUAUGGCCGAAAAUGGACAGCUCGAGAGACUGGGAUGAAGCCGGGGGAAAAGGGAAUGAUGAAACAUUACCAAUGGGUUGUCAUGGAAAUUAUGCAAGGUCUUACCUCUGAUGAGUUAAAGGAGGCCAAAGCGACCACAUUGGCAUGGUCACAGGAAGGUCCACCAGCAGAUAUACAAACCAAUAUUGCCAAGACAAAGGGUGAAUCAUUGAUGAAGCAUUUUGCAACAGAGAUGUACAGGCAAGCCAGAAUGAGAAUAUUCAUGGUAUCAGCAUGGAAGGAACAAGAUGAAAAGCUAAUGAUUGGAGGUCAUGAUUUCAACGACAAAAUUGGCAGCAGUGAACGAUUCAUGGAUACUAAGGAUUGGCAAGUUAUAUUGGAAGAAUGGAAUCCAUAUGCAGAGGAACAGUUCAAUAUGCAGGAAGGGACCGACGAUCGGGUGAUCUGUGGAAAGACACAGCAGGUUCGACAGCUGUUUCACUUUGAAUUGGAUAAUGUUACGACAAACGGUCGUGUGCGACUAGGAUAG